UCUAGUAACUACCAACACUCCUACAUAAGCAAGACAUCCACCCUUGUUACACUUUUUUUCUUCUCUUUCAAUUCUUCAUUGUCUCUUCGUCAUUCUUUGUUCUAAAAUAUGAAUGAAAACAGUGAUUCUGAUCCAGGGUUUCGAUUCCCUCCUCCUCCUAGCCAACACAACACCCCGGAACUGCCUUCCUCGUCGAGCCAUGCUGUGAAUUAUGAUCCGAAUCCCCGCAAGAAACGGUCCAAGUUGAUGAAGAGCGAUGCUGGUCAAUUCCCGACUAGUCCUAGAACCGUUUCCAGGCCUAAAUAUACCAAAAAACCUGACCCCGCUGCACCAAAGAUUACGCGGCCUUGUAGUGAGUGUGGGAGGAAGUUCUGGUCAUGGAAAGCACUUUUCGGACACAUGAGAUGUCACCCUGAGCGGCAGUGGCGUGGAAUUAAUCCCCCUCCUAAUUAUCGCCGGCCUGUUUCCCCUGUUAAGCAGACGAAUAAAGUGGAGGUCUUGAUGACUGAGGAGGAUCAUGAGAUUGCAGAAGCUUUGCUGAUGCUGGCUAAUGGUCCUGCUGCUAAUGAGAGCGAAUGUGGUACAAGUUCUCAACAAGGGGUUCAAGAAAAUGAAGCUUUUGGGGCAAAUUUGGGUGCAAACUUCCGGUUCGAGUGCUCAAGUUGCAAGAAGGUGUUCGGGUCACACCAAGCAUUGGGGGGGCACAGAGCUAGUCACAAGAAUGUGAAGGGUUGUUUCGCGAUAACAAGAAGUGAUGGCUGUGAGGUAGAGGAUCAAAGCGGUGAUAACGAAGGCAUAGUGAAAGAAAAUGUGGAAGACAAUAGUAAGAUGAUGAUGGUUUUGGGGCACAAGUGCAGCAUUUGCUUGAGGGUGUUCCCUAGUGGUCAAGCCUUAGGUGGGCAUAAGAGGUGCCAUUGGGAGAAAGGGGAUGAGACAUCACCGAACCAAGGUCUGAACCUUUUGGCAGCAAGGGAAGAUUGCGGUCUGGACCUGAAUUUGCCUGCCCCGGUUGAAACUGAUCCAUCUUCUUCUCAUUCUUCAGGCCUAGCUUUGGAUUUGAGGUUAGGCCUCUGA